CCUCCGUUUCAGCCCCCAAGACUCUUAUUUCCACCAAUGAUGAACUUGGAAUUCCAAUAAUUGAAUUUUCAAUUGCCGUUAAAAUGUCAGUUACGCGGACAUCCCCCAAAGUCCCCGCCAUUCCAACGGUCGAUACCAACCCUUUCUCUUUAUAUAUAUAUUUGGAUGAAAUAGAUAAUCCCAACUAUUUUUUUUUUUCCAUAUCUAUUUGUAUAGAUUGGCCUAAGUUUUCGGCCAGAUUUGCUCCAAAUUUGGGGCUGAGGGAAAAUGGUCCAAAACCCUCCAAAAUUAGCACUGAAUCUUCGACCCAACUCCACAAAAAUGGAGCUCAUUUUCACCUCCAAGACCUCCCUGACUUCCUCAUCUCAACCCCACCAAUUUUCCCAUUCCCUCGCCAAGCAAUUUCUAGGGUUUCCCAAAAUUUUCUAUUAUAUGUCCUAUUCGGUGCCCUAGAAUUUGCUUCAAUUUUUUUUUUUUUUCUUUGUUAUGAUAUAUUUCGGAUGGGGGUGUUUCAAAGUUAGUGAAUCACAAGCUUCAUGUUCAGCUCAGGAACCGAGGAAGGCAUUGUUGUUGAAAUUUGGGUUUUAUUGAAGUUUAUACUUUUUGUUGAAAUAAGAGUUAUAUUGGAUGAAUAUUCAACUCUAGGUAACUUACCAUCUAUAAGUUGCUUGCCAUAUCAGCCAAAUGGGGUUGAAAUCUUCAAGGCCGGUGCCAGGGAAGGUUGAAGGCAUAUGUUUUCAACAUCAUCUGGUUAGUUAUCUCAGUCAAAACUAUCUCCGUAACUUGGUAUCUAAGCAAAGAAGGCGUAUGCUUGUUGAUGGUUAUGAUCUUGACAUGUCAUAUAUCACGGACCGUUUGCUGGCAAUGUCGUUUCCUGCUGAACGUAUGAGAGCAAUGUAUCGUAAUCCUCUCUGGCAGGUCAAGUCUGUGCUGGACAUGAGACAUCAGGGGAAAUAUAAGAUCUACAAUCUCUGUAUAGAGGAAACUUAUGACCCAUCACAUUUUCAUGGCCGUGUGGAGACAUAUCCUUUUGAUGACAACCAUGUUCCGCCUCUCCAAAUGAUUAAGAUUUUCUGUGAAAGUGUAUAUUCAUGGCUAUUGGGUGACCCAAAAAAUAUCGCCGUUGUACACUGCAUGGCAGGCAAAGGUCGAACUGGCUUAAUGGUAUGUGCCUAUCUGGUUUAUACUGGCAUGUCAGCAGAUGGGGCUCUUCAGUUAUAUGCAGAUAGACGGACCACCAAUAACGAAGGAGUUUCUAUACCAAGCCAACGUCGUUAUGUGGGAUACUGGGAAGAUGUACUUUCUUUUCCUAGGGGAAUUAAUCAAGGACUUCCAAAUGUGAAUUUACCUAAGCCAUGGAGCAGAGAAUUGCGGCGGAUUCGACUUCACGACUUGGUUGACACCGACUCAAUCUUCUUUGUGGUCUCAGAAUUGCAAGAGAUACCCAAUCAGCUGUACCGCCCAUUUAUAGAAGUCUCGCGGGGUUGUUGCAGACAAAUUAAGAAGGGACAUCAAAGAUCUCACAGCCCUCGGUAUUAUCUCUCUUUCAUCAAAGGUGAUGAAGAAGGGAAGGAAUCAGAUUUAGAAGAACCACGUGUUGUAGUCCAAAUGGACACUGAAAAUCCUAUAAUCUACCAGAAGCCAUGUCUUGAUCAUUAUUUCGAUAAACCUUUACAAGUUACUGGAGAUGUGCGUGUCAUAUUCUACCAAAAAAUGUUUGGAGGGCGUCUCUUCUAUUGUUGCUUCAACACAGCUUUUAUUCGGAACAGCUUGUUGCAGUUUGCUGUUGGGGAUAUGGAUAAAGUUGGGAAAAAAGGAAGAUCAAUAUGUGGCCCUGCUUUCUGCUUGGAGUUGCUAUUUGGUCCUGCUAAUGCAAAGCACUCUUCAUGUACUACAUCCAAUGAUGAUGAUGUUGAAAGUGAGGACUUGUUCUGAAUUCUUAACAAAAAUCUGUAUAAAGAGAUGAUAUUGGGUCAUUUUCAAUUUUUAUUUAUAAAAUCUUCUCACAAGGUGGCCCAUUUGAUAAAUGCUGCAUUCUUAUAGCAAUAUACAACCUGUUGAUCUGGC